GUUUGAGUAACAAUUGCAAUCACUCACUGCCAUGGCACUUGGUCGUGGCGUGGUGCUCGUCCUUCUCGGCCUGAUGGCAUGCGAAGCCGCCGUGUCGACGCCAGUAGUCAUCAAGCAGCGCAAGGAGCGCAUCAUUCGCGAACCUAUUCCUAUCCGGGCGCCGUCCGUGUACCAAGGAGGCGUGCUGGCGGAUAAAGUCACGCGAAUCGAGCCGAUCACGCGAUGGACGACGUUCGACACCGCCUCGGGGGACAUGUCGUUGCACUACUUCCACAACGUCACGUUCAAGACAGAUGCCAAGAAGACGCUGCUAGGGUACGUACGUUGGUUGUUCUCUCAUGUGUAGUACUUACUGGUAGUAUUCAUGUGCUAUGCAUGUGGGUGGCGGCAGCAUUUGGAAAGGCUACGAAGGCGACCAGAUCAAGCGCACGUACCGAAGCCUCGUGUUUGACGACGGCGACGUGUGCGUCGGCCAUCCCGAUCGCCGCUACUCGCUCGUGGUGGAGCUGACCAAAAAAGACUACAUUGGGAUGUCCGAGUACACGGACAGCAUCGAACCGACAAGCGACCCGUGCGUGUUUACGUCCAAGCUCAACUUUUACGCACCCGACGCCCUCAUGCAGCUCCCGUCGUCUUCAUCGGACAACGACCUUGGCAUUGUCCAGUGGUUCGACGACCCCAACGCUCCGCACAACCUCUGCCGCGACACCAAGUGCAACUACACUGCCAUUGCCGCCACCAUUCACGUGGCGGUGCAGCAGAUGGAAGACGUCAAGGCCCAGCUCACGUCGUUCCUGCACACGUCGCCCCACCACAAUGACGCGGUGGACGCGUUGCUGCAGUCGUCGGCGUCCAUCCUCACGGCGGCUAACGGCGUGCUGAGCCAGUCCCUGCGGGUGUACGACCAACUCACGCGCUUCCAAAGCCUCAAUCUGCCCACGUGUAUGUCUGCCUCGAGGCCCCCCGACGACCAAGCCCAUCUCGUCCAAGUAGUAGACCCCACCACAACGUCGUAAGGUACUAGUGUCGUUAUGACCGCACCAGAUACCACAGCUAAGCCCGUCGUAAGGUAGUAAGUAAUCCAUCUACUUACU